UAACAUAACUAUUGAUAUGUUAUAUAUUUUUCAGAUGACUUUGACAUUAAAUUGGGGCAUAGCCGGUGUUGGCAUGAUUAGUCAUGAUUUUUUAACUGCCAUGUCUAAUUUAUCAAGUGAUCAACACAAGGUUGUUGCUAUCGCUGGCAAAGAUCUGAGCCGUGCACACAGAUUGGCAAUGCUACACAAUAUCAACACUGCAUAUGAAGGUUAUGAAUCCCUCGCCAAUGACAGUUCAAUUGACAUCGUUUUCGUCAGUGUCAUGAAUUUACAGCAUUAUGAUGUAGCUAAGUUAAUGUUAGAGAAUGGUAAACAUGUACUCUGCGAAAAGCCAAUGGGUAUGACGUACAAACAGACGAAGUCAUUGGUGGACCUGGCGCGAGAAAAGAAACUAUUUCUUCUCGAGGGGAUGUGGUCGAGGUUCUUUCCUGCUUACGAUGCUUUGGAUAAACACAUUGCCACCGGCGGGCUUGGGGAUGUCUAUCAUGUAAACGUACAAUUCGGGGUCGAAAUUAACGACAUUGAGAGGAAUUUAAUGAAAGACUUGGGCGGCGGAGCGGUUAUGGACUUAGGUUUAUACAUGUUGCAACUGGUGCAAUUCGUGUACAAAGAGCCACCCACCGACAUCAUGUGUACGGGUCACUUGAGCAAGGCUGGCGUCGACGAAUCGCUCUCCUGCGCCCUUAAGUACAAGGGCGGCAGGACGGCGACGAUAUCGGCGCACACCCGCGCCACCAUGACUAACAGAGCUGAGAUCACGGGGACCAAGGGUACUAUUGCGCUUGAGUACUUCUGGUGUCCGACCACGCUGCAGAUAUCUGCCGCCAACAACACGGAGUGGACGCUACCCAAGGGAAAAUACAGCUACCACUUUCACAACAGCGCCGGCCUCAGCUACCAGAUACAGGAGUGCUGGGACUGCUUGGCUAAAGGUUUACUGGAAAGUCCUAAAAUGUCACUGGACGAGAGCAUACUAUUUUCAAAGUUAACGGACACGAUGCGGGCACAAUUAGGAGUACUAGAUGUAGGUCUUUAAGUUACACUAACAGUGGAUCUCCAUUGUCUUAGCACUUGUAUUACUCUCGUUCUCAGUGAAUAAAUCAGAGACAGUAAUAGUGUUCUAAUACAAGUGUCACGUUAUUUAAGAUUCACGCCAACAAAAGUUAAAUAAUUUCGCCAGUACUAGUUCUAAUCACGCAGUAGCUUAGAGGCUUUUAUCAGACACGCAACAAAGCUAACAUGUAUAUUGUACAGAACAAGUAUUUACCUCAACUAACUGUGAUUUAUAUAGUGUUGUGACGUUAUAUUUAUUAAGUAUAUUUUAUUUUAUAUUUACACACAGUAUUUAUUGUAUUCACAUUUUCUGGUUAAUAAACACUUAAAA